AUGGCCCUGCGCGCGCCUUUUUUGGGCUGGUGCUUCAACAUGGCAUUCAGCACGACUGGACACAAAUCCACGGGGCUGCACAAAGCAGCGAGGAGGGGCAACGAGGAGGAGGUGCUGUGCCUUUUGCAGCAGGGUGCCGACGUGACUGCACGGGAUGCGGAGGGGAGGACACCACUGCACCUAGCUGUCAUGCGGGGCCACCUAGGAAUCAUAUCCCUACUGCUGGACCAUGGGGGCCCAGCUGUGUUGCUGUCCAGGGACAUCCUCAGCUGCACGCCUGUGCACUUGGCUGCAGUUCAGAAUCAAGUGAGGCUUAUAUCCAUGCUUAUCGAUGCACUGCUCAAAGACACCACGGGGUGCACACCACUGCACGAAGUUGCAAGGCGCGGCUGCAUGCAGGACUUCAUGGGCUUCCUGCACCUUGGCUGGGACUUGGCCACCUCUGAUGGCUGCAACCACAAUGCCCUGCAGCUGAGUCAAGAAGAUGCAGCCAGCACACCCAGUCUGGCGGCAGUGCAGCAAAUUUUGGGGUGGUCAGUGCUGCACCUGGCGGCUGUGGAGGGUCGGGUGCCACACAUUGAGAAUUUGGUGAUGAAGUUUAAUUGCGAUGUGCACUGCCAAAGUGCAAAUUCUUGGACACCGUUGCACUAUGCUGCAGCAUAUAACCAGGUUGCAUCCAUUGAGGCUCUGGUGCGAUUAGGCGCCAAGGUGGACGUUCGGGACUCUGUUGGAUCGACACCCCUGCACGUUGCCUGUGGAGAGGGUCACAUGGAGGCCGUUUUGAAAUUGAUAGAGUUGGGAUGUGACCCUGCUGUCAAGGACCGCGACGGCUGCACACCGCUUUAUUGUGCAGCGGCCUGGAACAGGAUAGAUGUGGUGAGGGAGCUGCACAGGCUGGGCUGUCCAUCUUGGGCGCAGAGUGAGGAGGGCCGGACGGCAGUGCAUGUGGCGGCUGAACAGGGAUGGGUGGAUUUGUUGGAGGUGCUUGUGAAGGAGCUGGACAGCAUAGUGGACAGCAGGGACACAUACCAAUUCACCCCUCUGCAUUCAGCUGCCAAUUGGGGCUGGGUGGGGGCGAUCCAAAAGCUGGUCGAGCUGAAACACAGUGUCGAUGUGAGAGACUACCUUGGUCGGACGCCUUUGCACUAUGCUGCCCUGCACGGGAGGGCUGCGGCGAUUGAGGAGCUUGUACAGCUGGGCGCCUCACUGCAUGAGAAGGACACAAGGGGGGGCUACACGCCCCUUCACUUGGCGGCUGAUGCUGGCCAGUGCGAGGCAGUGGCCAAGCUCGUGGAGCUGGGUGCAGACACAGAAGCCAAAACGGCAAAAGGAUGGACAUGCCUGCAACUUGCCACAAUGAAGGGCCCUGCCAAUGUUGAUGUCUUGGGACUGUUGGUGGAGUUGAAGGCUGACGUUAAGGCUGUAACGGAAAACAAGAAUCUGGAGACACCUCUGCACAUCGCGGCCAGGGCAGGGAGGCUGGACAUUGUGCAGAAGCUCAUCAACUGUGGUGUCGGUGUUUGUGCCCGCACCAAAGAUGGUAGCACCCCGCUUCACUAUGCGGCAGCCUUUGGACAGUCCCAGGUCCUUGAGACUCUAGUCAAGGGUGGCUGUGACAUACACAGUCGUGACAAUGCCCAGAAUUCCCCGCUCCACUUGGCUGCUGGCUGCGGCUUUUUGGAUGCUGUGGUCAAGCUGGUGGAGCUCGGGGGAGACCUCAACUGCAGGGACAUGUCUGACUGCACCCCACUACAGAACACAGCACAUGGGACGUACUCGGCGCUGGCGGCAGUACCACCUGGCAUGGCGGAUGGCACCACUGCAAAGGGGCUGAACUCCCAGCUUGGCAGCCUGUCGCUCAGAAAGUCUGGCUUGUCGUCUGCUGUUCUGCCCCAAGGAUCUGGAAGCAGUGCGGCCGCUAAUGGAGGGAUGGUACCAGUUCGCACUGGCUUUGCAUGGGCAACACUGGGCACUUCAGAUGCUCUCUCCAGUAUGUACUUUGGCGAUCUGGACGAGACGACGCCAGGUCGCCCCAGCCACAACUGGAAGGGAGCGGAAUUGAUGAGCCUGCUGCGGAAAGCAACGCGUUCCCGGCGCGCAGGGAGCAUGCUGUUUGGCUCGGACUUGUUGCAUGACCAGAAAUGGAGCUCUGACGAAAGGGACAAUGAUGAUGAGUGGGACAGGUGGAGCCACCGGGACCUGGAGAGGGAGCGUGAGGGGCUUGAGCUGCUGCUUAAGAAGACAGAGGCACUACAAUUGUCUCAAAUGGAACAAGACAGGUCGAGGCUCAUACCGGUCGCAGAAAAGAUGGUCGACCUUGGGGCGUACAUCGCGGCCAAGGACAACGAGGGUCGGACAGCACUGCAUUUGGCUGCGGGCUGUGGAGACAGGGCUAUGGUGAUCAAGUUGGUGGACUUGGGUGCGGACAUCAACUGCAAGGACAGCGUUGGGGGCACACCGAUGCACCAUGCAGCGAUGGCCAACAAGAAGGAUAUGAUGUUCACCCUUGCUCGUCUGGGGUGCGACUGGCGGGCAAAGGCAGAGGGCAUCGACGGCGCAACAGCAGCCUACGUUCUGUGUGGGCAACAUGGGAAAACGACACGUCAACAGAAACUACUCGAGGCGAAAUUGAAACGAGUGUAUUUGGAAGGCGAACUGGCAAGAAAGGCAGGUAAGAAUCCAAUGGAUGUGGCACCCAAGGAGGAGCCUGAAGAAGACUUGGAGCUGAUCAGUGCAAUAGCCGAUGCCAACAUGGCAGCCUUGCUGGAGGAGGAGGCUGCGGAGGCUGCCAAGAAGGAAAAGAAAAGGGAAAAGAAGCGAAAACACAAGUCCAAGGUUGCCAAGUCAGCCGACAAGGGUGGCUCUGAAGCGGUGGAUGGGAACGGUGUGCUGAAGAAGGGGGCUGGCAGUUGUGGUGGCAAAGGUGGGAAGAGCGCCAAUGGCAUGUUGGAAGGAGGGCGAGGGGGUGGCCGUGAGCUGGCAGAGAAUGGCACUUAUACAGACAGCUACGAUCCGGACGAUUGUGAAGAUGGUGAUGAGAGCCAAGCAGCAAUUCGAGGCCUGCUGGAGGAGGCUGUCACCUGUGCGCAGACUGUCCUGGAAAUCGGCGCUGCCACACCAGAGGACACCCUGCACGACGUUCUGCAGAAGCUGGAUGCUGCCAUACAGCAGGCAACACAGGGCGACGUGUCUGCAAAGUACGCCAAAAAGGUGCGCAAGCGGCUGCAGGGGCUUGCUGACAAGGAGACAUCUCAGCAGGAAGCAGAGACUGAACCAUCUGAUUGUGGAGGGCCGUCGCCAGCCCCAGAAGCCUCUGACAACGUCAAGGAUGUCGAUGAAGAUGACAGUGGGUGGGCAUCCGCUCACCAUGGCUUAAAAGGCCGUCAUGCGGGGGGUCGGUUGGCCAAGCACGACAGUGGCAGGGGCUCUACCGACCAGGCUUCAUCCAGCUCCAAGGCUGAGACAGAUUGGCAGCAUGUUGGAAAUGGCCAUGGCAAGAAGACUGGCUCUGGUCCAGGGUCAACGUCAGGCAGCAGCGGCCGCAGCGUCAAGGUGGUUUCCCAGAGCAUUGGAAGGCAAGUUGGGCAGGCUAAGAGGUCUGGAGGAGGUGGAAAGAUCACAACCAUAAAGGUCAUAACAAGGACGAGCUCUGGCCGGUCAGCGACUCUGCUGGUGCAGCAGAAGAGCCCAAGGAUACCAAGCCAGCCCACGCCACCCUCAGCGCCAUCGGUAGCAUCCGUGUCAAAGGUCUGGAGUCAAGGAUCAAGGCACAAGGGCUAUGUGAUGUCAGACCCCGAAUUCCCACCCCUCCAGGCAACAGCGCAGGCUGCAAAGGGAGCACAGUCAUCGGGCACAGCAGACACAGACAGGGGGCACAAGAGCAGUGCAAGAAAACCACUGUUGGAGAGCCAGGGUGCACAGCCGAAGCAGCAGGAUGCAAGAAGAGGAGCGCCCAAGCAAUUGCCCAAACCACCCCCAGAGGUGGCUCCGUCCCAACAGUCUUCAGCUGCUGGCAAGGGGCCCAACAAUGGAAAGGCCACGCCAACAGUGUCGACCUUCAUGGGCCCUGCUGCGCCAACUUCGCCGGUUGGCAAUGGCCAGCUUCCUCCAGAAAGGUCAGCACCCUCAGAGGCAGCAGAAGGCCCUGUCAAGCAGUACGAACUGUUUGGUGAUCAGAGCAGGCUCACAGGGCCACCAGCCCUGUCGCCGUCGCUGUCCUCGACCCUUAACGGGCAGCCGGUCGUGAACAGGUGGCUGCAGAACGAGUCGCAGGCAUUCAGCAGCCCGCCCCACCUGCAGGAUGCGGGUGCUCUGCACAGCAACUCUGGUGUGGCCUAUCGGGCCCCUGAGUCGGCUUCACCAUCCCCAACUGAGUCUCGGUUCUCUGGACAGCUGCCUGCCACGCUGGACUCCCCCAUGCAUCCAGAUGGUGAGGAGUCCGCGCGAGCAGGGUUUGGGCUGCCGGUGUCUGCUGCAAUGUGGCAGAUGGGCCCUGCAGGGGGCCCAGUGACCCCAGCCAGGGGCAACAUGAGGGGCACAGCAAUAUCUGCUACCCCUCACGAACACCUGGCAGGUCCAAAGGGAGUGCCUAUGUCGCCCCAGUCGAUUUCCGACCUGCGCUCAUCCAGGGGACACCACCAGAAUGGAUUCUCCGAGUUCAGGACGCCAUCACAUGACCCCGCCAUGAUGCAAGGGCGAUACCAGGCCCGGAUGAUGCCGCAGCCAUUUGCUUCCCACGCACCUGCCAACAUGCAGCCUGGGCCCAUGGGACCCAGCUGUGGUGGCCACAUGAAUGGUCACGUCAUGUCAAUGGGACCCUUUGCCUGCAGCAGUGCACAGCUGCCUCAGCACCCAAGUUUUGGUCCCGUUGGGCCAGGGAUGAUGGCCGGGGUGCCACAGCAGAGGCCGUCAUCUGGUGUGCUGGGUUCUGAGGACUCGGAUGUGCAGAGGAGACUGUCACGGCACCUGUUGGGCGAGUUGGAGGCAGAAUUGGGCAUGUAG